AUGUCUCGCCUUACGAUUGACCGCCACCGGUUGAUGCAGGAUAUUCAUCACACGGCGCAAUGGGGUGAGGGCGAGCGCUGGGGACAAAACCCCACAGAGGUUGGCAUGGCGCGGCUUGCGCUCAGUGACGCGGACAAACUUGUGCGGGAUUGGUUUAUCGAAACGACAGAGGCCUUGGGCUGCCGUGUGCACUUCGACGCCAUGGGCAAUAUCUUUGCGAUCCGACCGGGCAAGCGAGAAGGCCCGCCAACUGCGAUGGGCUCCCACCUCGACACACAGCCAGCGGGCGGGCGCUACGACGGCAUUCUCGGCGUGCUGGCGGGCGUGGCAGUUCUGAGAGCAGUACACGAGGCUGGUCUCGAGACGGAAUAUCCCCUCUGCGUGGUCGACUGGACCAACGAGGAAGGCGCACGAUUUCCGCAGUGUAUGAUGGCAUCCGCCGUAUGGGCAGGCGUGACGUCCAUCGACACGGCCCAUGCUGUAGCGUCUGUCGACGAUGGCGAGGUGACGGUCGGCUCGGAGCUGGCACGCAUAGGCUAUCGAGGCGACACGGCCGCCCACCACACUGCCACGCCGUUGGCCGCGCACUUUGAGCUGCACAUUGAGCAAGGUCCCAUCCUCGAGGCCGCUGGCCAGCGCAUUGGAGCAGUGCAAGGCGUGCAGGCCAUGCGCUGGUUCACCAUCACCGUCACAGGCCGCGACAGCCACACAGGGGCCACCAACUUCGAGAACCGUGCCGACGCCAUGCUGGCUGCCGCCAAGAUGAUUGUGCGCUCCCACCAGGUGGCCACGCAGUUCCAAGGCCUGGCAUCGACGGGACUGCUGACGGUGCAUCCAGGGAGCACCAACACGGUCCCCGGCGUCGUCACUUUCUCACUCGACCUGCGCGCCGACGCCGACCCCAAGAUGGACGCUAUGGAGGCUGCCCUGCGGGCCGACUUUGCCGCCAUCGCGGCUGGGACCGAGACCUUUACCGACUCGUGCACGUGCGGCCGUGGGUGUGCUGUCUCGUGGCAGACCACUGCCAGGGCGCCCGUGGCCCGGUUCGACGACGACUGUCUGCGGUGCAUCGAGGAGGGCGCCGAGGACCUCUUUGGCGCUGCCCAAGCUGCUGCCCUGACACGGCGCAUGUACAGCGGCGCUGGCCACGACAGUGUCCAUACCUCGACGCGCGUGCCGACGGCCAUGAUCUUUGUGCCCUGCCGCGACGGCGUCACCCAUAACCCCACUGAGUACACAGCGCCCGAGGACUGUGGCAACGGCGCGCAGGUGCUUCUCAAUGCCGUAUUGCGUUUCGACGCGGCGCGCAAGGCGUAG